GCCGCGUCCAGGAAGUGAGUUGAUAAUACUAAAGAUUCACUCCUGAAAACAAACCGCCAGCAGGAGAAGCUUCAGGAAUGGGCGUGUCUGUGCGUGGCGUCCGAGUCUCUUCGCAGCCUGACUCCUCCUACUUCCUGCGGGUGGACUGGAGUGGGCGGGGCUUAGCCUCAGGCUUCCAGCUGCUGCUGACUGACGGGCAGAACGCCUGGAGAGGAGACGUGAGUGAGGCGAAGGUAAGGGAGGAGGCGGAGGAGCUGGAGAUGCAGAUGGAGCGCUACGUCCUGGACCUCCAUCAGGCGCUGACGGAGGCCGAGAGCUCCUUCAGCUUCACCCUGACUCCGCCUCCACCCGGCCGCCACGCCACCGUCACGCUGGCGUACGAGAAGGUCCAGAAGGACAUCUCGUUCCGGUUGGGUUCUGCUCGGCUGGAGCUCGUCCCCGAGCCGGCGGAGGCGGUGAGAGAGUUACUGAUCCACAGUCUGCAGAGGGGGAACUCGCUGGAGAACCACAACCAGAACCUGGAGGAGGAGAACCGAAGACUGAGAGGAGAACAGCAACGCAUCACGGCAGAGCUGAAGCGGUAUGCUGGGGGUAAAGAGGUUCUGGAGGCGGAGCUGUACUCUCGGUUUGUUCUGGUUCUGAAUGAGAAGAAGGCCAAGAUCCGGAGCCUCCAGGAGACGCUGACGCGCCUGCAGGACACCAGCUCUGAAGGCCCGAAACACAGGGAGGAGGAGGAGGAGCAAGAGGAGGAGGACUAUGGAGGGAGCACUGAUGAAGAGCCAGAGGAGGCGACUCCGGCCUCCACUGCACCGACUCCAGGACGCUCUGCUGCGAGCCCAUUGGACGACAGCCUGAAGGACCUCACGGACGUGGCCCCGAGUCGCAAGCGCCGCGUCCGUCACCUCGAGGCCCCCCCGGUCAAAGGGGCGGAGCCUCCGCACGCCCAGAGGAGGAGGGCCGCCCCCCCUAAAGGACCCAGGAAGCAGACCCCCCCUCAGCGCUCACCUGACGCAGCAGAAGACCUGUUUGAUGACUUCUGAGUGGCUCCAGGGAGCUCAGGUUCUCCUGGUCCUGGUCUAGAGGGACUUAUGAAGGAGAAGGACAACCAUGUUAGGAGGUCCUGGAGGUCCUGGUUCUGGACCUAGAGACAGAUGGGAGAGGAAUAAAGGAACCAGCUCUGACUCUCGACCUGCUUCAGUGAAACAAGUCCUACCAACAAACACCUCGAGUCUAGAUGAAGGUGUGAAACCACCUCAAGGAUCCUGAACAUCCGGAGAACCACCUGGAGGUCCUCAAGUAUCUCUGCAACCACCAAGAUCAACCCUAGAACCUCCUAAAGGGCCACUAGACUACUUGAACCCUAGAACCUCCUAAAGGUUCACUAGAACGUUCUGAGGAUCCCACAUCCCUAGAAACACCGGAAUCAACCCCAGCACCUCCUAGAGGGCCACUAGACUACUUGAACCCUAGAACCUCUUCGUGGAUCCCUACCACCUAAAUCAUCUCUUGACCCUUAGUGACCCCUUGAACCAUCAAAUGAACCCCAGACCUCCUAAAGGAUCACUAGACCACUUGAGUCAACCCUAGACCAUCUUCAUGGAUCCCUAGUCCUUAUGGAACCGUAGGACCUCAAAGAAUCACGUGGAACCUUCCACUCCCCACCCGACCUCUGUGAAACACCUUGAAGAACCCGAGAACCUUCCAGUUCGGCCAACUAGAACCAGUACUAGGACACCUAGAACCACUACUAGGACACCUAGAACCACUACAAAGACAUCUAGAACCAGUACUAGGACAUCCGAAAUCAUGGCAAGAACCACCCAUAGAAACCUGAGUACCUCUGAAAGGACUAAUUGAAUCACCUGAAGGAACCCUCAAACACCAAAGGGGUCGCUAGAACCACCUAAAGGUCUCAAAGAAACGCUAGGACUACCUAAAGGAACCCCAGAAGAGGGCUGGAACCACCUGGAGGACUCGUAGAUCCUUCAGCAGGACCAGGACCACCUGAAGGACUCAUAUAUCCUUCAGGAGGACUAGGACCACCUGAAGGACUCAUAUAUCCUUCAGGAGGACUAGGACCACCUGAAGGACUCAUAUAUCCUUCAGCAGGACCACCUGAAGGACUUAUAGGCCCUUCAGCAGGACCAGGACCACCUGAAGGACUUAUAGACCCUUCAGCAGGACCAGGACCACCUGAAGGACUCAUAGAUCCUUCAGGAGGAGUAGGACCACCUGAAGGACUCGUAGAUCCUUCAGGAGGACUAGGACCACCUGAAGGACUCGUAGAUCCUUCAGGAGGACUAGGACCACAUGAAGGACUCGUAGAUCCUUCAGGAGGACUAGGACCACCUGAAGGACUCUUCCUCCUGGUUCUGGUUCAGUUCUCGUCUGAAUCAGAAUGUAUUUUUAAAAAAGUAGUUUUUGUAUUUAAUUGUGAUUUUUACGAACUUGUUGUUGAUAUUUGAACCAAUAAACUGUUGAACCUUAAA